AUGUCGCAACUGCCAGGCUUGUACUCUGCAAACUACAGCUUCGACAUGUUUCCGCAGCGAGACCCGCGUACAUCAGAAUGGGCGCUCGCCGGCAACAAGCCGUUCCUUGUCACUUUGCUCGUCGGCUACGUGUACCUAGUCAGGUACGGUGGACCCCGGUUCAUGAAGACUCGCAAGCCGUACGAAAACCUCAAGCCGCUCAUCCUCGUCUACAACUUCUCUAUGGUACUCGUCAAUGGCUACUUCUUCUUCUGCUUUCUGACCGGGUCCUACCUCGGCGGCGGCUACAACAUCAUCUGCCAGGGCAUCAACUACGAAGCGAGCGACCGGGCCACCAUGGAGGUCCUUGAACUGUACUGGUGGUACCAUUGGCUAAGGAUAGCCGACUUCCUAGACACCAUCUUCUUUGUGCUCCGCAAGAAGGACACCCACGUGUCCUUGCUGCACGUUGGGCACCACGUCCUGGUGGUCUUCAACUGCUGGUACGGUCUCGCGUAUGGCUCCGAUGGCCAGGUCACACUCACCGUUGUUCUAAACUGCUUCGUUCACGUCGUCAUGUACUCCUACUACUUCCUGUCCCUGCUGGGGCCCGCCAUUCGUCCGUACCUGUGGUGGAAGCGCUAUCUCACGGGACUCCAGCUAGUUCAGUUCGUCGUCAUGUUCCUGCACAUCACGAUUCCCGUGUUUAACGACUGCGGGUACCCAAAGUUUCACUCGGUCAUCAUCGUGUGCGAAGCGGCCUUCUUUUUCACCAUGUUUGCGCGCUUCUACAAAAAGGCCUACACUCACGGUCGAAACAGCUUAAGAAAGAGUGUCAAGGACAAGGCAAAAUGA